AUGUACGAUCCAAAUACAUCAUAAACAGAAAAAACAAAACAAGAAGAAUUCUUAAAAUCUAAAAUAUAAGAAGCCUUUAAUUUAUUUGUAAAAGAAAAAAAAGGAAUUGUAGAUAAAAGAGAAAUUCCUUAUAUUAUGAGAUAUUUAGGAUAGUUUCCUUCUGAAGCUUAAGUAAGAGAUGCCAUAUUACCUGAAAUUGAGGAUGAUGAACCUAGUGAAUUUAUUAAAUAUAGUAAAUUUGAAACAUAUAUGUUGAAAGUAUUGAAAAGUAGGGAAUAUGAACCUGAUGAACCUGAAGCUUUAUUAGCAGCCUUUAAAUUAUUAGAUUAAGAAGGGAAAGGAUAUAUUGAAAUUUAAACAAUGGAAACUUUAUUAAAGGAAUAAGGUAUAAAUUUCAGAACCAAUGAAGUAGAAUCAUUUAUUAAAUUUGCAACUAAUAAAGAUCCUAAUGCUACUGUAAUAUAUUACGAAGAUUAUAUUCUUAGACUAUAAGCCUUUGUUGAUAAACACAUUGAAGGUAUAAUGAAAGGUUACGCUUAUUUUUAAGAAUCUAAAUGA